GGGGUCUGGCUGCCAGUUAAAGGAAGUGGGCUUUCUCCUUCGCCUGCAAGACCCACUAUCCCGACCACGUGGCGGAGAAAGGGUGGGAACGGUCCACAGUGCUGGAUGGGCUCCCGGAGGUCACUGCCAAAUCUGAAUCUGUGUCCCCCACUAUGUCCUCCUGCCUCCUCCAUCCACGCUGCAUGCUCCUGGCAGCUCUGGCAUUCUUGUGCGUCUGGGCCAUCUUUGGCCCCUCUGAGCUAAGGAAGUUCUCCUUCACUCUCCCAGUGCCAGCCCCAGCUGCACCCGGGCACCCACUCUCCUUGCCCCACCUUCUGAUCCCUAAUGGAGGGGUUUGCAAAGGUUCUGGUUCCCAAGUUUUCCUUCUGAUCUUAGUGAGCACUGCCCCUGAGCAUCAAGAGCAGAGAGAUGCUAUUCGAGCCUCCUGGGGAGGUCUGCGGGAGAUCCAGGGUCACUCGGUCCGGACACUCUUCAUACUGGGGGAACCUGAUAAUAGUCACUGGGGAAACAUCAAAGAAGUACUGAAAUGGGAAGCCCAGAUCGAGGGGGAUAUUGUGCAGGCUGCUUUCACGGACUCAUAUCGAAACCUUACCCUGAAAACCUUAAGUGGGCUGGCAUGGGCAGCCAGGUACUGCCCCAACGUCCAUUAUGUCCUCAAGACUGACGAUGAUGUCUACAUCAAUGUCCCUGGGCUUGUGGCUGAACUUGACCAACGAGGAAAGGCCCUGAAACAGCAUCUACAACAGAAAUAUCCUAACAGAGGAAUUGUUCAAGGAGACAGGAAGGCUAAAACUGGAGAGAAGGAAUCAGAGGGUGCCCAUAGCCUGUACCCUCCUGUACCCCACCUGUACCUCGGCCAUAUCCAUUGGAGUGUUUACCCUUCUCGCUUGAAGGGGAGCCGGCAUCAGGUGUCAGAGAUGCAGUGGCCUUCUUCCCGGGGCCCCUUUCCCCCUUAUGGUUCAGGCACCGGCUAUGUGUUGUCAGCCCCAGUCCUGCGGCUGAUUCUGAGGGCAGCUGGUGGUGUACCUCUAAUACCAGUAGAGGACGUUUUUGUUGGAGUGAUAGCCAAGAGGGUGGGGGUUGCCCCCACCCACAGCUCACGGAUAGCAGGGGCUGCCCGCUACCCCAUUGACCGCUGCUGCUUUGGGAGGAUCUUGCUAAGUUCUCACCACAUGGAGCCCUGGGAGAUAAAGAGUGCCUGGGAGCUUGUGAGGGGUUCCUUAGGGAAUGGGGACAUGCCGCUCUGUUCUUGGCUUCAGGAAACCCUGGGAAUAGUGAGAUGCUGGAUGCUGAGCUGGUGGUAUUUUUGAUGACACCCAAGUCCUCAGGAGAGGUGCUGAGGCUGGAGAUGUGUCAAAAGGAGGGCAUUAGAAGGUGCUGGGGCCACAGUGGAGUUUGGAUACUAGGGAUACAGUUGCCCUAGGAGUUUUAUCCCUCCUCCUUAACAAUCCCAGUUUGUCACCAAGCAGUAUAGUCUUCCCCAAGCACGUGGACUCAGUGGCCUGAUCUGUAGUCCCAUUCCACAUUCUUAAGAGCUGGGGAGUAUCCAAAGAGGGCUCAGAUCAAAGACAGUUGGAUGUGGGGGAGGCUAGAUGGGCCCUGAUCAACAGGGGAGAAAAGAAAAGCCUUCCUCCCCAUCCUGGGAUGGUCAAAGGGGACAGAGUUAAGACUGUCCCCAAAGUUACGGUAUGUUUGUUCAGGGGCAGGAGGUGAUAGCUGUUUCUCAGUAAAACUUCCUUGUUUGCCCCAUCUUCGUGUACUGUCUUAUGUGAGACCACAGUAAGCUAAUGAAAGGUGAUCUUAGUCCAUUGAGUGGCAUCCAGGACUAGGGAGGUUAUAGUCCAGCUUUAACAAUUCAGUUGUGCUCCGUUCUGGGAAUUACAUCAGUUGGGGAAAAAACAGGCCUGUCCAAGGGCAAGAGGAAGCUAAGCACUCCCUGUGCCAUUAAAAAAUCAAAUGAAAAAAAGAAAAGUAGGAUGUUUAGGAAAAGACAGGUAUGGAUCAACUUAGGCCCACAGAGCAGAUCCAGGAACGAGGGGUGAAGUUUGGAGGCAUCAUAUGUAGGUUGUUAAUCACAUCCUGUAUGUGCCUUGUUUUUCUAUGUAUUUCCAUGUUUCAGUUUACCACCUUCCUGACCUUGGGUAAAGAACAGCUAGCAUUUAUUUACAUAAUAUUUUUAUCUCAUUCGAUCCUCACAACAACCCUGUGAGGUAGGUGCUGUGGUGAUCCCCAUUUGUAAGGUGGUGAAUUUAUUCAAGGUCACACACAGCCAGUGCCUGGGGCAGGAUUCUAAGUCAGGUCCAGCACACUAGAUGUAAUGGCUGAACCAGAUCACUCCACCGGCUUGGGCCUUGCUACCGUCUUCUUUAAAAAAUAAAGGGUUGGAUCACA